AUGGCCUUCGUCUGGCUCCUCUCCUGCUUCACCCUCAUCGGGGUCUCCGUAGGUUCUGGGACCCCUCCCAGUGACCCAGAGCUGGUCAUUACACCCAGGAUCAUCAAUGGGAGCAACGCCCUUCCUGGUGCCUGGCCUUGGCACGUGUCUCUGGCGACUUCCACUGGACGCUUCAAGUGUGGGGGCUCCCUGAUCGACAGGUUCUGGGUGAUCACCGCCGCCCACUGCAAUGUCACGAUUUCUGACCGAGUUGUGACUGGUUUUUUUGAUGUAAAUGUCCCUGACCAUUUCGUUGAAGUUCUGAGUAUUGCCCAGGUUUUCAUACACCCCAAGUUUGACUUGACCACAGUCUACAGUGACAUCGCCCUGCUGAAGCUGGACACGCCUGCUCGUUUUCAUCACUCAGUGUCCCCUGUUCUCCUGCCCAGUGUUGGUGCCCACUUCCCUUCUGGAACCUGGUGCAAAAUUAUGGGCUGGGGGUACCUGCACCCCAAUGGCACAGGCCGCCCUGUAGUGCUGCAGCAGGCCACUGUGUACCUCCAUCCCAUUGCCACCUGUAGGAAGUUUUGGCCUGCCUUCAAAACCGACUCCAUGAUCUGUGCUGGGUACAAAGGUGUCAGCUUCAGCCGUGGCGACUCUGGUGGCUCCCUGGUCUGCCGCAAGAGGGGAACCUGGAUCCUGGUGGGCAUCUUGUCCUUUUUCGCUAAAAACCACCCCACCAGGAUGCCCUUUGUGGUCACUCGUGUCCCUACAUUCAUACCCUGGAUUGAGGAAAUCAUGGCUCACAACUGA